AUGGCAGCGCGCUGUGGCAGGAAAUGGAAAUCGCUUGUUCAACGGAGUUCAAGUUCGAUGCAAGCACUUCUAGAUCAAACGGCGAAAAACAGGCAACUCCCUCGUGGAAUUUCACUACAAGUUUUGGACGAACGACAUAAUCUGAACCAAAUUCGUGACUUUCUCGCGCGCGCCUUCAUCGCGAAUAACGAACCGAUUGUGCAUGUCCUUGGCGAGCUUUACUACCCUGCCGUAUCUUUGAAUCUCAGAAUUCCCCUCAUCGAGGAAAGAUUUAAAAGCUUAUUCUCCGAGAAAUCCAUGCUAAACAAAGUGGAACAGGGCUUGAGUUUCGUCGCGGUAAAGGACAACAAUCCCAGCAAACUGGUCAGCGUCAUGUUCGCAGAGAAGUACACUGGACGUAUUUAUAAGGGAGAGUCCACACUUGAUGAUCCGCUAUGUAGGACCGGGCUCAACCUAAUGCGGACAGUCCAUGAGAAAGCCGAACCGAUUCUAGAAGAGUAUUCCGCAACUCGUCGCAUUGUCUUCGUAUCGCAUGCGGCAACACAUCCAAAAUAUCGCAGUCUGGGGAUUAUCGAGCAUACCUGUGAUACACUCCGUGCUCGGCACGUCGACGAACGCGCGGCGUUGUGCUGCCUGAUGACGUCGCACAGGCUCGCACAGUUUCUCAUUCAACGUUACGGAAUGGAGGUCAUUGCUGAGGUUUUCUACAAAGAUUACCAGGACAACGGUCAUAAGGUGUUCGAGAAACUUUCUGAAGAAGAGAUAUCAGCGAAGGCUUUGAUCUUGUGCCUUUGA